GAGCUGCUGGAGUUCCUGUGGCAUUACAAGCGCACACAGGACCCAGAGCAGUACGAACUCAGCUUCAAACCAUGUGCUGACGCAGGGGAGGAGGAGGACAGAAAGCUUUUCACCGAGUUCGUCACGGCUCCCCUACUGGCUAAGAAGAGACUGCCAUUCCACCCUCUCCUGCUAGGGGACCCUUGGAAGAUCAUACGUCCAGAAUUGUCAGUAGAGACUGUAUCUGCACUCCUUCCUGUGACAAAGUUACUGAAGAUGCCAACAGACCAGGUGUACGUGUCAGCCAUACAGAACAUGGUGAACUCCUGUGUGAAGGACCACCCGAGAGACGUGAUCGCCGCCCCUGAUGAACACAGCUCACAGGAGCUGCGCAGGCUGCCAGGGCUGGACAGGAAGCUGGUGGAGGGCAUCAGGUCCCUCCUGCUGCAGGUGGAGGACCUACAGCUGGCUGUGGCCACGUCCAGAUGGGUGGCUAAAGAGCUACCCUUAGGUGCUGAGCAAGUGAUGGCACUGAAAGCAUGUGCCUUCCUCACAAAGAAGUGGAAAGAAUCUCUGCCAGAAAAUUCCCCUAACCUUGAGAAGGCCAGUAUCAUGCUGAAUCGUGUCACAGCGGCCACCCAGCAGGUCGCCACCCAGCACGUCCUGUACAAGUACCGCCUGGCCAAGACACCGUACCUCAGUCUGGCCAACCAGCCCGCCAGGCUCAUCUUCAUGCUGUACAAGGACGACAGCAUCCAGAAACGACUGGUGGAGAAGGCUGGAGUUUUUCCAGACAUCCAUGCAGCUGCAGAGGAGAUCUCACAGAUCGGCUCUAGGGACCUGGGCAAGAUCAGAGUCACCCUGUUUGAGGAGUGGUUACACGCCAGCGGGGGCAGCAAACAAGGAGAGGAACAAGACUCGACUGAAACUCUGAACUUUAACGAACCCCAAAACCAAGAGGCAAAGGAAGAGGAAAGGUCCCUUCAAAGAAUGGUGUACUUGAUGCAGUUCCAGGCUAUGGAGAAAAGUGCUACAUUCCUACUGAACAUCGCUUACACUCAGUCUGGGUCCAAGGUGACGUACAUCAGCAGGGUUCGGGCUCUCCGCUGUCUGCUGAACCUGGUGGACAACCAGGUCAUCCAGGCCAUCGCCAACAAACCUGUGGAAGAAAUCAGGGAGUAUAUGAAGUGCCUGCUGUACCUGGCUGAGCUGGAGGCUCUCCAUGUUCCACAGACACUGGAGUCUUUCAACAAGAGUAACAAGGCAGCCCUGGCCAGGGGACUGUGGCGCAACCACAACCAUGAGUGGAGGGCCGUGCGUCUGGUGUCGGACCUGUGUCUGGACUAUGAGAUCUGGGACCCUCACAUGUGGAACAGCAUCCUGCAGCAGCUCAUGGCCUUCAGGAUGCUCAAGUACCUGGAACAUGUGCUUAUCAGACUGUCUGCAAUCUCGGACUUGUGGCAGGUUGGAUGUCUUAUGAGGGCAUGGAAGACAGUCUUACUGUCACCUUUCACAACAGCUUGUGAGGACCAGAAAACAGCCUGUCUGAAUGUGUACACCCUCAUGCAGAGAUGCCCCCUGCUGCUAGACCUGGAUGUAGUGGGGUUCUCGCGACAGUUCCUACAGGCGGGACUUCCUGCCUGUGCCCUGGGCUGUCUCCUCUUCCUGCCUGACGAUCAGAAAAGGAACAAACACAUACAGACUCUCCUUGCCAGUGGCUCCAGUCUUGGUAUUUUGGACCAGAUGAGGGAGUUGGACCUGGCCAGGACUCCGCUUUCCCAGGGAGCACAGAUUGUUGGAGAGGUGUACCAGUACUUGGACAUGAGCCGUCAGUACGACACAGUGCUGGGUCAGCCUCACUACAGCUCACUCCAGGCCUACCUGGUGCAGCAGGACAGGACCUCAUCUCUGGUACAGUGGCUACUGGACAACAACAGACUGACGGAGGCUAUCCAGCUGGCCCAACAGUACCAGCAGGUCCAUGGAGAUGACAGCAGUUCUGUCACUACUAAACCUCAGUCAGGACUGCAACAGCUACAGGCUUUCCUGAAGUCCCAGGGUCUAUCACCAUGUGUAGACAUGCUCGCUAAUGGAGAGAAUGGAGAGGACCAGCCCAUGGAUGUAGACAUGUGAAAAUUGCUUCUGAUUCUACAAUAACCUUUCGUAAUAUGUACCCAGAUUUGUCAGACCAGGAAUUGAUGGAGAAAAAAAGAAGAGACAUUUGUAUGAGAGUUUUCAUAGAAUAUAUAUUUCAAUAUAACAUUUUGGAGAAAAGUGCAUAAAAAUAUACAUGUAAACAUGCAUUUAUUAAAAUGUAACUAAGGCUAUGUACUGUAGUAGUGUUUUCUUGUCUGUCAUCCCUCUUAUACUCAUGGUCAAACCAGACUGAUUUUGGAGCUAUUCAUUCAGAACUAAUGUCGGAAAUAUCUAUGAUAAUUAUAUGCAUUAUAUUGUCUCAUUAGAAAUCACUAUUGUGAUGUUAAUGCCAUUACUUACUUUAGUAUUAUGUGGUUAUUAAAGAAAUUUCAG